GGCGUCUGCGUGCAGGCGGGGCCCGCGGUGCUUGCCUUUGGAGGCCACGGCAGCGGUGAGGCGGACGACGGCGGCUGCGACCUCGAGGACGGUGGCUGGGCGGAGAGGGCGGUCGGGGGCUGCGCUCCUGGAGAGCCUCGGCGCGCUCUGCGCCCUCGGCCGCGGCGCUUUCUGCUCCGCCCUCGGCGGCUGCUGGCGCGCUCCCGCGUCGUGAGUUGCCUCUGGGCCUCCCUCGGCGGCAGGGCGGGGAGCGUGGCGGUGAUGGCGCUUUGGAAGGAGCUGGUGGUCAUCCAGAUGCUGGGGCGCGGCGGCGACCUGCGCGACGUCAUGGAUGCCGUCAGGCGCGGGGGCGAAGGUUUCAGCGAGGACCGGGCCUUAACGCUCCUCCUCGGAAUCCCUGAGGUCGCGGGCGCGUGCUUGGCCAGGGAGGUCGAGUAUCAG